AUGAGUAAACACUCCCUUGCUCCUGGCUUUGUGCUUCAACGGCUUGAUGACAAGGGCAGAGCAAGCUCCAGACCCGGACGGCCCCCGAAGAGGAGCCAGUGCAUGACAUCAUCGGAGAACCCCCACAUCAUGCCCCACUCGGUCCCUGGCCUCAUGUCCCCUGGCAUGAUCCCACCCACAGGUCUGACAGCGGCGGCGGCAGCUGCUGCCAACGCAGCCAUCGCAGAGGCCAUGAAGGUCAAGAAGAUCAAGCUGGAGGCGAUGAGCGGCUACCACGGCAACGCCAUCCACCACGGGAUGGACAUGGAGAAUGGAGACCUCGGCUCCAGCGUCGGCCUGGAACUCCCCUUCAUGAUGAUGCCACACCCCCUGAUCCCCGUCAGCCUGCCCCCAGCCUCUGUCACCAUGGCGAUGAACCAGAUGAACCACCUCAGCACCAUUGCCAACAUGGCCGCUGCAGCACAGGGCCAGAGCCUGCCCUCCAGAAUGGUCACCUCCGUAAUAAAGGUACAGGAACGGGUGCCGGACAGUCCCUCCCCUGCUCCUUCCUUAGAAGACCACCGGAGGCCAGGCAGCCACCCGUCGUCCCACCGAAGCAGCAGCGUGUCCAGCUCCCCGGCCCACACGGAAAGCUCCUCAGACAGGAUACCGAUACACCACAAUGGCAUGUCCAUGAACCACGCCCUGCUAGGCCUGUCCCCCAACAUCCCGCCUGGGCCUAAAGAGGGAGACCUGGCCCACGACAUGAGCCAUGAAGCCAAGAGGAUGCACAACGAAAAAGAGGACAACCCAAUGUGCACCCCGACAGCGAGAGAAAGCUACGAGAGGUUGUCAUUUGCUGGACAGGCCCUUCCUCCGGGCUUCCCCUCACCCUUUCUCUUCCCAGAUGGCUUGUCGUCAAUAGAGACUCUCCUCACCAACAUACAGUUGGAUGACGUUCUGGCUCACGAGGCGCGGAAGAUCGGCAUGGUGCGCGACCCCCAAAACAUCUGGAGCUGGGGAACAGGGAACUUCCAGCUCUGUCACGAGGAGAGGAGAGGAGGCUGUCCAGCGCGCUCCUUCUUCCUCGGGUCUGGCGGGCCGAAACCUGGGCCUGUUCCGUUCAUCGCGACUGGAACCGGUCUGCCUUUAACCGAUAGCGUGGGGUUCACUGACUCGGUGUCGGAGCCAGGCCUCGGUGGAGGUGGCUGCACCAGCGGUUCAAUGGGCGGUAUGCAGGGGCAGGCCGAGCCUCUCAAUACUGGGCUUGGGCCGUCCAACUCCAGGACAUCCUCCGCGGGCGAGACCAUGGUGAGGUCCAGUUGGGAGCCCCAGCUUGACACAGCGCGGGGCUCCGCUCUCGCGGCUGUUGCCGCCACCGGGCCCCAGCCUGACACGGCGCGGGGCUCCGCAAUCAUUCAGAAGCGUCUGAAGAAGGAGAAGAAGGCCAAGAGGAAACUCCAAGAAGCUCUGGAGUAUGAGUCCAAGAGGAGAGAGCAGGUGGAGCAGAGCAUGAAGCAGCCAUCGCCCUCCGACAGCAUGCGCUCCCUCAACGGUCAGAACUUCCACAACUCUCUGACCCCUGAGAUGGAGAGUGACCGCAGCAGUGGAAGAACAGAUGCUGAAAGGACAAUACAAGAUGGAAGACUGUUCCUGAAAACCACAGUGAUGUACUGAUAAGGCCGUGAAGAGCUGGAGGAGAAAUACACUCAAAAAAAUACGAAAAAAUACGAAAAAAAGAAAACCCAUGAAGAUUCUCAAGAGCCCUUAUCCAGGCUGAUUUAGUUGAGGGAAGGAGUCAAGCUGCUUGUAGAAGUUGAAUGGAAAUUGUGUUCACCCAAAUGCUGAAGGAGGUUGUGUCUGAAUGUAGAAUAAGAAUUUCUCACAGAGGCCAACAUUAAGUAGUUUGAUAGAAGAGGUGUUGACAUAGCGGUUGGCCUACGUGAAGGAUAAACACAUAUAUCGAGCACAGUAAAAACGUACCCAUGGUACACUGUUGGUAAUAACUCGUAAAUUCACAGCACUGAAGAUUUUUAUACUGUAUCUCAGCCAGCGAGAAAGCUUCAAAAAAGAGAUUGGACUGAAGUUUUGUUUUUUGUAUUUCAAAUUGAAUUUUUCUGAGAAGCUAAAAAUGACACGUGGAGAUGAAAAAAAAAAUGUGAAUCUAUCCAUGUGAUCAUCAAAAGAGAAGAUUGAUUUCCAUGUUUUCUAAAUUAGAUGACAAUACAAUCAAGUUUCCUUUUUACCAUUGUUGUAUAUACAAGAUCUGAUGAUAAUGAUAGGAGAACUCACUCUAUCGAACCCCAGCGGAUUGAUAAGGUAUGUGUAUAUAACGUUAAGAGGUAUUGUGUAUGCAGUAGAGCUAGUAGGCAAACAAUACCACCAUUUAUAUAAACCUACAGUUUGUUUUGUUCUAUUUCUGAGCCAUCAUUCUUUCCUAUAGCUGCCAUUUUGGUGAGAAAGCAUGCAGGCAUGUAAAUGUUUGUCCUGGAAUUAUGAUAUUUAAUAAAUCCUAUAUUGUGCUGAACAAAUCUUAGGGUUGACUCACUCCAGCCCAGAUGAUUUUGAAAAACAUAACUAUCAGACAUUUCACUUUCAAAAUGAAGACUUUUGCUGUCAAUAGUACUGUAAUCUUUGUAACAGAGGUAAUAUUUCUUGGAAUUUACUGUACAUUUUUUGUCAUGAGACACACUCAAAAACAACGCCUCUCGAUGCUUUUCUAAAAAAAAAUAUCAAGACGAAUGAUCGCGUGUCAGCUUGUGAAACAAUCAGUCAUGACACAACUCUACGGACUGAAUGCCAUUUAAUAACAUUGCUCAAAUCGCUGUUGAACGUACACACUUUUCCUUUCCUUUCUAGAGUGUUUCAUGAUAUCCUGAUGAGAAAAAAAAA